AUGCCGAAUCCAUCGGGUAUUUCCAUCACAGAAGAAUGCAUAUCUGCAUUCAACCAGCUCCGAUCAGGACCAGAAGGCACCAGACCGAAGUUCAUAAUCUACAAGAUCUCUGACGACUACAAGAGCAUUGUAGUCGAGGAGACAUCUACAGAGAAAGAUUGGGACUUUUUCCGCGGGAAGCUUUGGGAUGCAGCCGACAAAGAUGGGAACCCGGUUCCACGGUAUGCCGUCUAUGACAUGGAGUACGAGGUUGGGAGUGAAGGGAAGCAGCAGAAAUUGGCAAUACCUCUCGAUCUCAAGGUAUCGAUUGAUGCAGACUGCAUGGAAGACCUCGAAUGGGCAUUUGUCGUGAAGGAGGUCAGUGAGGAGCUAGGUAUGGGGAAAUGA